CUGCUCCCGCGGUAGCCACGGACCGGUAGGGGAGCUGACCCCGGCAGUUUGCUCCGCUUGGUGGAGGAGAGAUGUGGAGGCGUUGGGCCGGUGCGGAGGUAGGAAGGCACCCACCUCUCGACUCCUCCCGCGACGCUAUCCCCUGAGCCAUGAUGCGAGCGUGGGUCCUACUCUCCGCGGUGCUCUGGUACCUCAUACGAGUUGGAUCGCAGCGUUCUGCCUUACGCAAUAGGAAAGGCUUCAUUUAUGGCACGCAAGGACGACCAGUGAAAAUAUAUAUAAAAUUACAUGAAGAUAGCCCAAUCCUUGCCUGUAUGGAUUUUACACGUGCUAAAAAAGAAACAGUGGACCCCAGCUAUUUAUGGAUUGGGCCUAAUGAAAAGACAUUAACGGGAAAUGAGCGAAUAAAUAUAACUAACACAGGAAAGCUGAUAGUGAAAGAUUUUCUGGAGCCUUUGUCUGGACUUUACACAUGUACUCUUUCUUAUAAGACUGUCAAAGUGGAAACCCAAGAAGAAAAGACAGAAAAAAAGAGAUACGACUUUCUGCUCUUUGCCUAUCGGGAACCUGAUUAUUCAUAUCAGAUGGCUGUACGUUUUACCACCAAGUCUUGUAUAGGAAAAUAUAAUGAUCUGCUCUUUAGAGUGCUGAAGAAGAUCUUGGAUAAUUUAAUCUCUGAUUUGGCAUGCCAUAUCAUAGAACCAUCCUAUAAAUGCCAUCUUGUUAAAAUUCCAAAACAUGGCCUCAUACAUGAGCUAUUUAUAGCCUUUCAAGUUAAUCCUUUUGCACGAGGGUGGAAAGCUGCUUGCAACAAUUCUGUUGACUGUGAAGAUGUCACUAAUGGUAAUAUCCUCCAGGCAAGAGAUCGGAUAGAAGAAUUUUUUCGGAGCCAAGCAUAUACUUUCUACAAUGACCUUAAUAAAACUGUACCAGCUAUGCAUUUUGUAGAUCACAGUUUUCAGUGGUUUGUAGUCCUGGGACUUUCAGUCCUGAUGUUGAUGUUACUUGUCAGACCUGCGUAUCUGUCCGUACCUAUGGAGCUAAAUCUUGCCCAUAAACUUCGAGCAAAAAUCAGCAAUAUGAAGACUAGAGGUGAAAGCAUUAUUACUUGCUUAUGGAGGUGGGGGACACAAGAUGAUUUGUUCACAUCCCAGAGCAUCAUAGCUCCAUUAAAUAAGACAAUAAGACCAAAACAUUGGCAAACAUGCAUUUUAGAAACUUUUUAAAUUAAAAGAUAGUUGACAUGGCAUUUCUAAGAAGGCAUUUAAUUCGAUAUCUCCAGUGUACAAAGGAAAGUGUAAGUAUUAGUGAAUACUUUUUAAUGAAAUAUGUUUUGUUUUUUUACAUACUGAAUCUAACUGUUGCUCUGUACCUGACUAUAUUACAGUCAAGAAGAGUAGUAAAGUAUAAUAUAAUAAAAGCUUCAUACUUUUCAUAUAUUAAUUUGUUUGAAGUCACUCUUACACGGUAAAGGCAUAUUUGAUACCUUUGUAAUAAAACCCAAAAAAAGUUAAUUCUUUUGGUCCUUUUGCUUUUAGUUUAUUUUUAAAAUAAUAGAUUUUUAGUACAGUUUUAUAUUUAUAAAAUAAUUGAGUAGAUGGUACAUAAUAGUUCCAUAUACUAACUACCUCCCACCUCUCUGCCUACCCCUUCCCACACAGUUUCCCCUCUUAUUAACAUCUCACAUUAGUGUGGUACAUUUGUUAAAUUAACCUGUAUUGAUAUAUUAUUAUUAACUGUAGUUUACAUUAAGAUUCAUUUUUUUGUGUUGUACAGUUCUAUGGGUAUUAACAAAUACAUAAUGCAUGUAUCCAUUAGAGUGUCAUACAAAAUGGUUUUGCCCCCCUAAAAAUCUUCUGUGCACCACCUUUUCAUCCCUCCUCCUGAGCCCUUGGCAACCACCAAUCUUUUAGCUGUCUCUAUAAUUUUGCCUUUUCCAGUGUCAUAUAGUUGAAUCAUACAGUUUGUAACCUUUACAGACUGACUUCUUUCACUUAGGUAUAUGCAUUUAAGGUUUCUCCAUGUCUUUUCAUGCCUUCAUAGCUCAUUUCUCUUUUUUGCUGAAUAACAUUCCAUUGUAUAGAUGUACCACAGUUUGUU